GACUUCCUGUGAGAGGAGUGAACAAUGGACAAUCCAUAUCGAAAAUGUCGCUGGACUCGUGAUUUUACGCCGACGUUGCGACAGUUUCGGGGUUGUUUGUAGACGUAAGGCGUACUCUUGGUCAUCAAAGAGAUGUUGAUGUUGUUAAUGCGUGUGUCCCUUGUCGCUAGUGCACAGACAUGGCUGUGAGCUGGAGCGGACAGAGGGCGGGAGCUGAGGCCCGACAGCUUGAUGGUCGCCUGUUUUUCCAUUCACUGUUAUCAGCUGUUUAGCUCUCAAUGAGUCUGCCGAUCUAUAUGCUGUUUAUCUUCCCGUACCCACCACACGGCAUCACCUGCCAAAUUUAGCCGGCUUCCCUCUGCCCCAGGGAGCAGGACCUUUCUAGUCAAGGGAAAGAUGUCAAAGGAUUUGCUUCCAGACCGUGCAGGCUACUUUUUAUUCUGACUUUUGACAGGUCUGCGCGUGGAUCGAAUCUCGUGGUCACGUAUAUAUUACGGUGGAAAACUAGUGCUGAUGAUAUGUUGGUUGUCCGGCCAACUGUCAUCUUUUCUCAAAGAGACUGUGUCCUUUGAAGAUAAUGAGGUGCCAGUGGGAUUAAACUAGUGAACUAUGGCUAGUCAUUUUCUGGAGAAAAUCACCCGCCGUAUUGCAGCGCGAACUUCUUCCUCUGAUGGCUCCCCGACCCCUCCCCCCAUGGCUGGGGACGGGGGACACGGACAUGCGGCCGCAGGGGGUGAAGACGUGGAAGAGGAGUCGCAAUAUAAGGACAUAGAUGUGGCUGUCAAGAUUGGGCGCAGCCCCCCAAGGAUAAAGUCCCAUUCCUCUAGACAGGGUACCCCGCACCCCACCCCACCAGCAAAGACUUCCCCUGACCACGACUUGGAUGAUGACGAGAACAUAGUGAUUGGAGAGUACACGCAGCCUGUGGACGCGUUGUUACCGGCCAACCUGAAGAGCGUGCCUCCGUCAACCCCUAGCGAUGAGGACUACUCAGAGCCGUAUGAGAGCCGCAAACUUUUAGAAGAGCUCCAGGCCCAGGCCUUGCUGCAGCCAAAGGACGUGAGUGAGAUAGCAGGAGGGGUCUAUUCGGAAGCUUACAUGGUUCCUGAAGUCCAAGCCUCUGUCUACAACCUCGCCAAAGAUACCAGCAGUGCCAAACUCGGAGGGGACAGGUUGAGCCGAUUUAGAGCUCAGGGACGCAACUGGGCACAGGGUUCUGCUUCACGCGCACCUGCAAGUACCUCACGGCUGACGUCCGCCUCAAGCGAAGACAAAGAGAACACAGACUCCGAUUAUGACAAGUUAGGUUACGCCUCCGGUUACGACCGCGUGGACGGAGCCAGUGGCGAGCAGUACGGCAGCUUGUAUGUGGAAGGGAGUGCCUUCCGGCCAGUCAAACCUCAGGCGCGUUCCCAGGGGGAAGUGACGUACCAGGACCCCUGGGACCGCAGCACUGCUGAGAAGGACCUCGAGGAGAAGCUGAGCUCACCCAAGUCUCGUCUAGGUGGCACCAGAGGCAUGUUGUCAUCAUCACAUGACACAGACAAUGGGGGUAAGGGUUUCUCCGAAUCUGGGGCCCUCCCUAGUAACUACUGCCAGCCCUGGGAUCUAAAGUCAGCCCAGCAGCAGUUCCAGGAGUCUAUCCACUCCUCCAGAUCCCCGCCCACUCAGAAUUCCCCUGUCAAGCACAGUUCGGGUGUCAGCGGUGGGGCGCGACCCCGCAAGGGCAGUGGGGGACGUAUUAUAGAAGGUGGAGUAUACGAGGCCCCAUGGGACUCAGAAGAAAAACAAAAAGAACUUGAAGAGAAAUUCAAAGCUGCCGAAAUUCAGAAAUCUCCUAAAAAAGAUGGCAGUAAGGAGAGUUCUCCAAAGUCUGGUGUGCGGUCUCGAGCCGUGGAGGACAUUACUGUGUACGAGGAGCCAUGGGAUGUGAGCUCUAAGGGUAGAGCGAUAUCCUCCAUGCUGUCUGGCACAGGGGAACAAAAGGAAUCCUCGGCUCCUAAAAGUCCUGGCUCCAAAGACGGUACUAACACAUCACCCAAGCAGAAGGCUGGCAUCAAGGUGGACAUAGGGGCACGAAUACGCAGCGCCAUUGGGGAGGUCAUCGACCCCACAAUAAAGCUAGAAAAACAAAGCUGGUACCAUGGUACUAUUGGCCGCUCCGAUGCAGAGGCUCUUCUCAGGGUCUGUAAAGAAGGCAGCUACCUAGUGAGGAAUAGUGAGAGCACCAAAACUGACUACUCUCUCUCCAUGAAAAGUUCCCGGGGCUUUAUUCACAUCAAGAUAUCACGUGACAAGGAUUAUAAGUUUAUUCUUGGAGAAAACAGCCAGCCAUUUGAAGCAAUCCCAGAAAUGAUAUUUCAUUACAGUAGAAACCUUCUCCCCAUCAAAGGAGCCGAUCACAUGAUCUUGCUCCAUCCAGUGAUAAAUGAGCUCUUGUGAGAUACAUGGCUGUGGCCAAGUGUAAGGAGCCCUGCUAUUGGCUGUAGUUGGAACUCACUGGAUUCUGUGGAUAACUUAAAUGACAUUAUAGAUCUUGUUGGAUGAUGUGUUUUGACCAAAUAACUUCAGAUCUCAGAUUUCACGUGGACAGCAAGUGAUGUAUUUUAUUAACAGAUGUCAAACUGCCUUCUGGCAGUGAGGACAUGAUCUUUUUUUUUUUUUUUUUUUGGUUGUUGUCCAACAUCAGCAGGUGUGUUACAUUGGAGUGUGCAAAACCAUGGAUAAGACUGCCUCUGUUAUUCUUUGUCAGCUGGUUUGUACGUUGUUGCUGGCCCUCUACAAAUGGAUCAAAGUCAUUUACUGGUUCUUACAGGUCACUACUGGCCGUUCUUUACAGGAUUUAUUUAUAAACUUGUUAUGAACUGGGCUGUCAUUUACCUAAAUGUGGCCAGUAACAAUUUCCAACCCAGCAUAACUUCCAUGAUUCAAAGCGAGUCAUGUUCACUGGACAGCAGAUCAAAAACAGUUACACGUAUUUACAUGGCAACAGUUUUAGUACCUUAUCCAUGUUACCUGCCCAGCUACAUGUAAAUUCAGACAGUUAUACAUGUUACCUGGCAGGAAAGGAGGAAUAACUCCAGCCUUCAUAGUGCAGAGAAAGUGUACAUUAUUUCAGUACUGUUUUGUAUUUGUGAGGAGGGAAAUGUGAAGUUUUAUCGUGAACAGUAUUGGAGGGUGGAAAUCAGCUUUACCAUCUUCAUUCUCACAGAUUUCAUAUGUUUAUCAUUUGUAGACUUCAGUUUUUAUGCUUUUUAAAUACCAUAAAGCUGCAGGGUUAUGGUUGAUGAAGACGAUGUCAGUACCUUACCACAAAGCUUCAGGGUUAUGGUUGAUGAAGACAAUGUCAUUACCUUACCACAAAGCUUCAGGGUUAUGGUUGAUGAAGGCGAUGCCAGUACCCUACCACAAAGCUGCAGGGUUAUGGUUGAUGAAGACGAUGUCAGUACCUUACCACAAAGCUGCAGGGUUAUGGUUGAUGAAGAUGAUGUCAGUACCUUACCACAAAGCUGCAGGGUUACAGUUGAUGAAGGCGAUGUCAGUACCUUACCACAAAGCUGCAGGGUUAUGGUUGAUAAAGACGAUGUCAUUACCGUACCAUAAAGCUGCAGGGUUAUGGUUGAUGAAGACGAUGUCAGUACCUUACCACAAAGCUGCAGGGUUACGGUUGAUGAAGGCGAUGUCAGUACCUUACCACAAAGCUGCAGGGUUAUGGUUGAUAAAGACGAUGUCAGUACCUUACCAUAAAGCUGCAGGGUUAUGGUUGAUAAAGACGAUGUCAGUACCUUACCAUAAAGCUGCAGGGUUUUAUGGUUGAUAAAGACGAUGUCAGUACCUUACCACAAAGCUGCAGGGUUACGGUUGAUGAAGACGAUGUCAGUACAUUAUCAUAAAUCUGCAGGGUUAUGGUUGGUAAUACUUGUUCAUAAUUCUGUCACACAGUUAGCAGUAUUAUCAUGCCUUUUUGUGAACUGUUUGAUCCAUUCAAAAUGAUUUUGUGAUCCCAACAUUUGAUAGCAAAUAGAUUGUGAAUGUCAUUCUGUAGAAUUCAUCAUUUCUGUGUUUUCAUCAAUCACAGCUUCCCAAACUUAAGAAUAAUAAUCCAAGUAGGAUAAAUUAACAUUAUUUACAUCCGUUCCAACAAAUGAUGCAGGGUAUGUAUUUUUAUGGACUUCGUUCCUUACAAGGAAAUGUGGACUAAAGGGAGAUAAUUUCUGGUGCAAGGGGAGACAAGUUUUGAGUUGACACCAUGAAAGCGGCAGUUGUACGAGUUUGCCAGUUUUUAACGCUUUUUCCUCAUUUUAACUGAGUAUGUGUAUGUGGAUUGCAGAUUGCACUUUGUUGGAUUGCAGAAUUACAGGUUUAGAUAUCUUUUUUUUUUUUGAUUCUAAUUUUUGUAAGUACAAACAUUUCUUUUCCAGUAACGUGCUAGUAUGUGAAAAUUAAUGAUUUAAGAUUAUUCCUGCUGGUUGGCAGACAAGACUGUGGUAGUAAGGCUACAGCUUGACAUACCCUGACCAGCAUUGUGAGCUGGUGAGCCCAGAGUUAGAGAAUUUGUAUUUCCAAAGUUUUCUGAAAAAGGUGUAAAACACAAUGUGUACAAACAAUACACAUGUAGACUGUAUUGCGUCAGUGUUUGGUACAUAAUCCUGAAUACAUGUAGAGGCCUGUGAUAACUAAAUAUGACAUUAUACUGAGAUGGUUGUUUAGUUGAGGUCAUAAUUUGUAAUAAAUACAUAAUUAGAAGGCGAGGAUAUACUUUUGGAUUCAGUAUGUGGGACUUGUGAUGGUGAGUCCUCCCUGCAGUGUCUUUGUGGUUAAUGAUUUGUAUCCAACACGUGAAGGUUAAACUUUGUCUGACUGUGUAAUUAGAACUGCAGUUUAUAUUUGUAAUAUUUGUGCGACUAAUGAAUAAAAAAUAAUACUGGCCACCUAGAUAUUGGAAGAACUUUAGCAGUGAGAUUUUGCUGUGGUACGGCUCCGAGAUGGAGAGAUUUCAUGUUGCAUCCACUCACUUGCCCUACCAGUGAAAAUACAAAGAAUUAAGUCCAAGAAGAAAGAAAUCCUGUUUAUGUUAUAAUUAUUUUCUGGCUUUGCUGUCAGGGGGGAUUGCAAUAUUUGUCUUUUCAUUUUUUUUUUCUUCAAAACAUUGUAUUAAUCCAUCUACACACUUGCAGAGAUCUGUUACAGGUUAUUCAAAAUGUAUUGGCAGUUCAGCCAGGUACUAACUGCAGUCUGAACAUAAAUCCCCUAAAUCUCUUUAUUACGACACAACUAGUAUUGCCAGAUCUGUCUUUACUUAGAAUACAUUUUUGGACAACUGGUCCAGGUGGUAACAAAGAGUACAGAUCUGUACCAGAAUGAACUCUCCCUGUUCCAUAUAAACAUCAAUCAAACGCAUUAUGACAAAGAACAAAUCAAGGGAAGAGCAGCAGAUAUGGCACAGUGUGUCUUCAAAGUCAACAGUGUGUUAUUUAUAAGUGUUUUCGAGACUGUUUGUCACAUUACAUCUGACAUGUCCAUGAUAAUCAAAGUAUGUGGAUAUUAUCUUUUGUCUUGUAGAUUUGUUCAGAUUUACUAAGAUUUUAUCCCCCAGGGUUGAUGUUCCAAGUCCACCUACUUUGGACCCUAUGUAAUACAAGUGAAAUAAAUGUAUGGUAUGAAUGAU